AUGAGGCCGACUUCCGCCACACUGUUUCAUGAAUCUCACGUUAAGCUUUUGCUGAGACCAUGGGACAAACAUUCUGAUAGGAUUUUCUAUGGUUAUUCUAAGUCAGGUAACAAGCGUGUAUCGUUGAGCACAAAAGAUGGUAACAAGAACAUGUAUAAGGGUACUCGUUCGUCUGGUAUUGGUAGACACACAAAACUAGGUGGAUAUAAAAUUAACUGGGAUAAGGUGCGUACAUAUGUUACGCCUUCUCAGAUUAAUACAGAUUUGAAACCACUGCUAUCUCACAACUUACCUGAACUAAAGCAUGACUUCUCAGGCUACGAAAAGGGGCCACUAGACACAAAAUUAUAUCUUGACAAACUAAGGCAAUUCAUUAAACAUGGAAAGGUUCCAAGUAGUGCUAACGAUACUAAAGUGUAUCGGGAAAGUGCUUAA